AUGGCACGUGGCAAAAUUACCUUUUUACCCCUAUGCACCCUCAUCAUCUUGCUUCUCACCUCUCACACCCAAGGUGACGAGAGGGCGUGUGCACCGACCAUCACCCAGAGGCUAACCGGGUACGCGAUCAUGGGGAAUCCCCAAUGGGAAGUGACCAUGUGGAUGGGGUGCCAUUGUGACAUAUACAAUCUUGUGGUCUCGUGCGCUUUUUUUGGCUCGACUGACCCGAAAACUAACCCGGGCAUCAUCCAAAAGUACGUGGAGAAUUUGUGCCUCAUUAACCAAGGCUACCCGCUAUACGGCUACAUGGCCUACAAGUUCACGUACGCGUGGCAUAGGGUCGAGAUGAAGCCCGACCUCUUCGAGCUCAACUGCACGAAUUAUUGA